AUGCAGCGUCUAACUGACAAUGGUGCCACUCAGAAGUCGCGCCGGUGUGGUCUGAACACUAAAACUGCACAAGGUGAUGAUGCCCCGUCUGUCUGUCCACUGUAUUCCUGCUGUCUAUUGUCUGACUCAUUUAGUAUGCUCCCAGCAAAGCAUAACACUCUUCAUCAUCUACCUCUGUCUCUGUCACUCUGUCUUUCUCUUCCACUCUAACUACCUCUCUCUCUCUCUCUCUCUCUCUCUGUUGCACUAGCUCUCUCUCUCUGUUGCACUAGCUCUCUCUCUCUCUGUUGCACUAGCUCUCUCUCUCUGUUGCACUAGCUCUCUCUCUCUGUUGCACUAGCUCUCUCUCUCUCUGUCGCACUAGCUCUCUCUCUCUGUCGCACUAGCUCUCUCUCUCUCUCUCACUCUCCCUCUCUCUCACUCUCCCUCUAUCACUCUCUCACUACCUCUCUCUGUGUUUCUUUCUCUCUGUCUCAAUCCAUUUUCUCUUAUCUACUCUAAUUCCUCCACUCCUCUUUACCUGUAGAGUGAUGAGGAAAUGAAGGUUCAGAGCCCUAUGAUGGAAUUGGAAUUCCAUUAGCUGUCAAUCACACGUAGAUAUGAACCAUGUUGCUCUCCAUAACAGGCAGGUUUCAUUGGAUUAAACAAGUCAGCCAAGCAAUGAUGGACAGAACACAAAACCCCACCCAUCGAGGGAUGGAGAACUGUCGUUUUCUCCAUCACUCACAUCUCUCUCUCCCCUCCUCUGUAUCAUCUCCUCCUCUCUCUCUUCCUCUCUUUUCUUCUCUCUAUCCUCUCCUCCUCUCCUCCUCUGGGUACCCUCUGGCCCGUCCCUCUUCGGCGUUCACUAUCCUCUCGGUUCCCGGCUCUCCUCCUCUCGGCGCCUCACUAGCCUCUGCUUCUCCUCUGCUUCUCUUCACUAUAUUCUCCUUCUCCCUCACUACUCCCUCUCUUCUCCACUCUCCUCCUCUCUUCUCCUUACUACAUCUCUUCUCUUCACUAUCCUCUCUUAUCCUCCUCUCUCCUCCUCUCUUCUCCUCACUAUCCUCUCUUCUCCUCACUAUCCUCUCUUCUCCUCUCUAUCCUCUCUUCUCCUCACUAUCCUCUCUUCUCCUCUCUCUUCUCCUCACUAUCCUCUCUUCUCACUAUCCUCUCUUCUCCUCUCUCCUCCUCUCUUCUCCUCACUAUCCUCUCUAUCCUCUCUUCUCCUCACUAUCCUCUCUUCUCCUCUCCUUCUUCCUCUUCCUUUUCCUCACUAUCCUCACUAUCGCUCCUCUUUCUCCUCACUAUCCUCACUAUCCUCUCUUCUCCUCUAUCCUCUCCUCCUCUCUCUUCUCCUUUCUAUCCUCUCCCCUUCUUCUUCUCUGUAACCUUUCCCCUUGUAUUUAUCCCCUUGUCCAUUGUGAUUAAAAGACCACUAUUAUUGUUGCAUUUCUGGUGUUGUUGUUGUUGUUGUUAUUGUUGUUGUUUUGUGUGUCUCCAGGGGUAUGUGUUUCCUUUAAGGCAGACAUUUUGGGUACCCCUGCUGGGUUGAACUGGGAUUGAGUGCCUACAGUAACACAGUUAUGCAUACGCAAACACACAUCUGCUCUCAGCUCCUGUUGCUUCUGUCUCUAACAGACAGGAGUGUGUUGCUUCUCUCUCUAACAGACAGGAGUGUGUUGCUUCUCUCUCUAACAGACUAGAGUGUGUUGCUUCUCUCUCUAACAGACAGGAGUGUAUUGCUUCUCUCUCUAACAGACAGGAGUGUUGUUGUUGUUAUUGUUGUUGUUUUGUGUGUCUCCAGGGGUAUGUGUUUCCUUUAAGGCAGACAUUUUGGGUACCCCUGCUGGGUUGAACUGGGAUUGAGUGACUACUGUAACACAGUUAUGCAUACGCAAACACACAUCUGCUCUCAGCUCCUGUUGCUUCUGUCUCUAACAGACAGGAGUGUGUUGCUUCUCUCUCUAACAGACUAGAGUGUGUUGCUUCUCUCUCUAACAGACUAGAGUGUGUUGCUUCUCUCUCUAACAGACUAGAGUGUGUUGCUUCUCUCUCUAACAGACAGGAGUGUGUUGCUUCUCUCUCUAACAGACUAGAGUGUGUUGCUUCUCUCUCUAACAGACAGGAGUGUAUUGCUUCUCUCUCUAACAGACUAGAGUGUGUUGCUUCUCUCUCUAACAGACAGGCUUGUGUUGCUUCUCUCUCUAACAGACAGGAGUGUGUUGCUUCUCUCUCUAACAGACAGGAGUGUGUUGCUUCUCUCUCUAACAGACAGGAGUGUGUGUGGGGCCGGGAGGCAGAAGAAGGCUCGGCUGGCUGACGACCUCGGAGAGAAGAUCCAGCGUCGGCCAGGACCUCUUGAGCUACUGCACAAACACAUACUGCCUCCGGAGAACCGUGGGUUAACACACACACACGCACAAAAUAACUAUAGACGUUUUCAAACAGUCCAGAUGUCAUUACUAAUAAACCUUUUCCUUCUUCCCCUGCCUUCUUUCUCCCACUCUUCCCUUAGGCCCCGUCUCCUUCCCUCUCUCCUCAGAUGUCUUCCAAGAUGACAUCUCUUCCUGCUCCUCCUCCUUGUCUCCCGAGCAACUCAGGGUCCUCCAAUCACCUGCACUCUCCUCAUCGCCGGGGCUCUCAGACGACCAAUCACUGAGUGACCUGUCGCCUGGGGUCUCGCCCCUUACCCACAGUACCGCCCAUGCUCAGGUGAGAUGAACUUCCCCUAAAUCCUAACCUCAACAAUCAGGUGAGAUGACCUUCCCCUAAAUCUUAACCUCAACCAUCAAGUGAGAUUACCUUCCCCUAAAUCCUAACUUCAACCAUCAAGUGAGAUUAUCUUCGCCUAAAUCCUAACCUCAACCAUCGGGUGAGAUUAACUUCCCCUAAAUCCUAACCUCAACCAUCAGCAGGGAAAACACAAAACUGCCUUUAGAACUGCAAGUCAUGCUUGGGUUAAAGCAUCUACUAUAACCUGUUUAUAUUUCUGUCCUGCUUUCCUGCAGUCUAUCUUGGCGUUGCUCCCAGCAACUGAGGGCAUCAGGCAGCCAAUGUGCAUAACUGUGGGCGACUCCAACUCCAUGGCAACGACCGGGAGACUAAAGGGGAUGUAUCUGACCUCCCAUGCCACGCCCCUGCUGCCAAAGGUACUGGAACAGGGUUACUCAGAAAUAGAUCAAACACACUCUAGAAUAUGUGAACAUCUGUAAAGCGAUGAAUUAAGAAUAGUUGAUAGAAGCUUAACAUGGAAAUGAUUUAUUGAUGGUGGUAAAGUAAUCAAACAUAUCCCUGAUAUGCAGUAUUACGUAACAGUAUCCCAGAUGUUAAUGUAUUGUCUGCAUAGAGAGAAAUACAUGUUUUGACUGAGGGUCAGGUACAGUAGAUCAGUAGGGACUCUUCUUCUCCUGUAUAGUUAUUCAACCACAUAGCAUAAUGUACACACUCACUCUGGUGUUACGCAUUCAUUAGUGUCAACAGUCACUACCAACGGAACUAUGCCCUAUGGCUUAACACACACCCACACACACACACCUGCUAGAUGUCACAACUGACUGGACUGUCAGUUGUCACGGUUUCACACAUCAAAUCAAAUCAAAUUUUAUUGGCCACAUGCGCCGAAUACAACAGGUGUAGACAUUACAGUGAAAUGCUUACUUACAGCCCUUAACCAACAAUGCAUUUCUUUUUUAAUAAAAAAGUAAAAUAAAACAACAACAAAAAAGUGUUGAGAAAAAAAGAGCAUAAGUAAAAUAAAAUAACAGUAGGGAGGCUAUAUAUACAGGGGGAUACCAGAGCAGAGUCAAUGUGCGGGGGCACCGGCUAGUUGAGGUAGUUGUGGUAAUAUGUACAUGUGGGUAGAGUUAAAGUGACUAUGCAUAAAUAAUUAACAGAGUAGCAGCAGCAUAAAAAGAUGGGGUGGGGGUGGGGGGGCAGUGCAAAUAGUCCGGGUAGUCAUGAUUAGCUGUUCAGGAUUCUUAUGGCUUGGGGGUAGAAGCUGUUGAGAAGUCUUUUGGACCUAGACUUGGCACUCCGGUACCGCUUGCCGUGCGGUAGCAGAGAGAACAGUCUAUGACUAGGGUGGCUGGAGUCUUUGACAAUUUUGAGGGCCUUCCUCUGACAUCGCCUGGUAUAGAGGUCCUGGAUGGCAGGAAGCUUGGCCCCAGUGAUGUACUGGGCCGUACGCACUACACUCUGUAGUGCCUUGCGGUCGGAGGCCGAGCAGUUGCCAUACCAGGCGGUGAUGCAACCAGUCAGGAUGCUCUCGAUGGUGCAGCUGUAGAAUUCUUUGAGGAUCUGAGGACCCAUGCCAAAUCUUUUCAGUCUCCUGAGGGGGAAUAGGCUUUGUCGUGCCCUCUUCACGACUGUCUUGGUGUGUUUGGACCAUGAUAGUUUGUUGGUGAUGUGGACACCAAGGAACUUGAAGCUCUCAACCUGUUCCACUACAGCCCCGUCGAUGAGAAUGGGGGCGUGCUCAGUCCUCUUUUUUUUCCUGUAGUCCACAAUCAUCUCCUUUGUCUUGGUCACGUUGAGGGAGAGGUUGUUAUGUGCACCACACAGCCAGGUCUCUGACCUCCUCCCUAUAGGCUGUCUCAUCAUUGUCGGUGAUCAGGCCUACCACUGUUGUGUUGUCGGAAAACUUAAUGAUGGUGUUGGAGUCAUGCCUGGCCAUGCAGUCAUGGGUGAACAGGGAGUACAGGAGGGGACUGAGCACGCACCCCUGAGGGGCCCCCGUGUUGAGGAUUAGUUUGGCAGAUGUGUUGCUACAAGACCAUGGUGCUUGCCUACGGAGCUGUGAGGGAUCUGCCUACGGAUCUGCCUACGGAUCUCCUACGGAGCUGCCUACGGAUCUGCUGAAGCACAGUUCCCGCUCAGCCCAGUCAAAACUGUUUGCUGCUCUGGCACCCCAAUGGUGGAACAAGCUCCCUCACGACGCCAGGACAGCGGAGUCACUCACCACCUUCCGGAGACAUUUGAAACCCCACCUCUUUAAGGAACACCUGGGAUAGGAUAAAGUAAUCCUUCUACCCCCCCUUACCCCACCCCAAAGAAAUAAAAUAAAAACAUUGUAAAGUGGUUAUCCCACUGGUUAUAAGGUGAAUGCACCAAUUUGUAAGUCGCUAUGGAUAAGAGCGUCUGCUAAAUGACUAAAAUGUAAAAAUUUUGUAAAUGUUGUUACCUACCCUUACCACCUGGGGGUGGCCCGUCAGGAAGUCCAGGAUCCAGUUGAGAGGGAGGUGUUUAGUCCCAGGAUCCUUAGCUUAGUGAUGAGCUUUGAGGGCACUAUGGUGUUGAAUGCUGAGCUGUAGUCAAUGAAUAGCAUUCUCACGUAGGUGUUCCUCUUGUCCAGGUGGGAAAGGGCAGUGUGGAGUGCAAUAGAGAUUGCAUCAUCAGUGGAUCUGUUGGGGCGGUAUGCAAAUUGGAAUGGGUCUAGGGUUUCUGGGAUAAUGGUGUUGAUGUGAGCCAUGACCAGCCUUUCAAAGCACUUCAUGGCUACAGACGUCAGUGCUACGGGUCGGUAGUCAUUUAGGCAGGUUAUCUUAGUGUCAUUGGGCAUGGGGACUAUGGUGGUCUGCUUGAAACAUGUUGGUAUUACAGACUCAGUCAGGGACUGAAAUGAAAAUGUCAGUGAAGACACUUGCCAGUUGGUCAGCACAUGCUCGGAGUACACGUCCUGGUAAUCCGUCUGUAUGUUGACCUGCUUAAAAGUCUUACUCACAUUGGCUACGGAGAGCGUGAUCACAUAGUCAUCCGGAACAGCUGGUGCUCUCAUGCAUGCUUCAGUGUUGCUUGCCCCGAUGCGAGCAUAGAAGUGGUUUAGCUCGUCUGGAAGUCUUGUGUCACUGGGCAGCUCGCGGCUGUGCUUCCCUUUGUAGUCUGUAAUAGUUUUCAAGCCCUGCCACAUCCGACGAGCGUCAGAGCCGGUGUAGUACGAUUCAAUCUUAGUCCUGUAUUGACUCUUUGCCUGUUUGAUGGUUCGUCAGAGGGCAUCUUAUAAGCGUCCGGGUUAGAGUCCCGCUCCUUGAAAGCGGCAGCUCUACCCUUUAGCUCAGUGCGGAUGUUGCCUGUAAUCCAUGGCUUCUGGUUGGGGUAUGUACGUACGGUCACUGUGGGGACGACGUCAUCGAUGCACUUAUUGAUGAAGCCAGUGGCUGAUGUGGUGUACUCCUCAAUGCGCCUCAUGCUAAGAUUCAGCCCUUGAUUCUGACUGUUCAACCUGAAAGGAUCACAUAUGUUACAUGACAUAUUGUAUACACUCCUGCUGUUAACUUUGCCUUAGGAACUCAUAACAUGGUAGUACUUUCAGAACUGGCAGUACUCAUCAGAAUUGAUCUGACCUCUCUCAGGUUAUAUUGUUUAUGUACUGUAUUUUGACAAUGCUUGAAUAAUAUAUUUCUAAUAAGAAUAUGGGAUUUGAGAAAUAUUACUUUGAUUCAUUCUUCGUCUCUCCCUCUCUUCCUCUUUCUUUCUCCACGUUUCUCAGACAGCCCGGUCUCUCACACCUCCCGCCGACUCUUCCUCCCUCACUCCCUCCCUGACUUCCUCUCGUCCCCCCCGCCCGCGGAAAACACGGGACUCACAGCCCAAGAUGAGGAAACUCAAAUACCACCAGUACAUUCCCCCCGACCAGAGAGGCACAACCGGAACUGCCGGUAAUACUCUUUACAAUUUUUAAAAACAUUAUUGUCUUUUAUGUAUAUUUUACCUUUCAUACAAUACUUUCAGCCCAAUGUGCUUUACAUGACAAAUGUUGUCAAAAUGAGUCCACUACAUAGCAGGGAAGUUGAUCAUUAUUAACAUUGUGCUCAGGGGGAGGGGCCAGUCAGAGGAGCCCCAUCCCGGCCCAGCCCAUAGACCCCGCCUACCCCAGCCUCCUGCAGCAACAGCAGGUGUUCCUCCAGCUGCAGAUCCUCCAGAACCAACAGCAGCAGCAACAGGACCAGCAGCAACAGCAGCAGCUCACCGUCACACCCAGGUAGGUACCACUACACACACACACACCACAAAAAACCUCCCUCCCCCUGGGCCUUCUCACAAGAACUGUGGUUUCAUUCAGAUGUUAUACUGUUCAUCAGACCAUUUAAAGUUGGUUAACCAUUACAUGGGCGCUGGCAACUAAUGAGCAUGAAUGUUUUGUUUUUAUCAAAGUGGAGACACCAACCAAAUCAUGAGGUUCUCUGGAGCCACACCCCAGAACCCUCAGCCUGUAUCCAAGGCAACAAACCCCACCCCUGUGGACACAAGUCCCUCCCACACGUCUGAGCUCCUCCCACCUAACCUGGUCGACCUCACGGUAAAAUGGGCAGAAUAAUAACUUGAACAUUUGAAUGUUUAUAGCACUUCUCACUUCCUAUUUAUCUGUACCUCCUCUUCCUUCUUUGGUCCUUGCUUGCUUCUCAUCAUUCUCUGACCUCUUUCUGUCAUCCCUCUCUAUUUGCUGUCCCUGACCCUCUCCUCUCUCACACACCGUCCUCCUUCUCUCUCAGGUGUCUGAGUUGCGACAGCAGCUGCGUAAGCGAGGUCUCCCUGUCUCUGGCACCAAGCCCUCCCUCCUCCAGAGGCUCCGCCCUUUCCAGCUGCCCCACCUCUGCUUGACCCCUGUGCCCCUCUGCCAGCUGGGUACGAGCCUGGAACCCCUCACCCCCUCCUCCUUGCUCACCCCCUACCCACAACCCCAGCUCCAGCCCCGGCUCUGGGCCUGAUUCCCCCACCAACAGCCCUAACCAUCAGGUCUACAUCCAGUCCACUGGAAUUCUGAGUGGGGUUCCAAACGGUAUUCCUAAUGGAAUAGUGGUCAGUGUGGUGGGGGAGCAGUGUGGCUUCCUGGCCCCUGCGUUGACCCCAUCGUCGACUCCCAGCCCCGGCCUCCCCCCCUGCUCCUCUUCGCCCCUGUUGACUGCCGCUUCCUGGAGGUCGGAGCAGGAGCAGCAGGAGCUGAGCCUGGAGCUGGAGAUGAGGGAGAGGAUGAGGAGCAGGCCCAGGGAAAGGCUAUCUCCUCCUCUGUCUCUGUUCUGUGGAGGUUCCCUCCAUCCCUUCCUGCAACAGGAUCCAGGAUGGCCCAGAGGGACACCAGAGACGGACGGACAGAAAGAGAUUCUGUUCACACAGG